AUGUUAUACCUUAUUCAUCCGUUUCAGAUAAAAGCAGAAAGUGGAAAUAAUCAGGGCUACCAGUUCUAUCCAGCUGGUUCAUCCAUGACAAACGGGACGACAAACAGUAGUAAUACUAAGUUUGGGUCAUUAGUUUAUGGCUUUACUGAUGACAAAAUUUACUAUUGGACACCUAAUUUCAACGCAUCAGGGUGUGUUCUGUUAUUGGAUGGUUUAUGGGGUUCACAGAAUCAACAACACUGUCUGAGUAAAAAUGAAGUGACACUGAUGAUAACGUUCAAUGUGCUAACAAUAUAUGAACCAGCAUGUGGUGUGUUUCCAUGUGCAGGUGCAUCAGACAGAGGACCAGAAUGCAACUGUACAGGAAGUGGAAAGGAAGGACAGUUCUGUGAUAACGAUACACCAAGUGUUACAACAGAAGACAGGUUGUCAACAUCAUCUUCUUCACAAAGGGAAGGUACCGAUUUUGGAUAUACUACAACGUCCGUUUAUAUGAAACCUGACUGUUUUGAAAACAAAACUUUAUUCGGUGCUAAUUAUAAAGAUGAAAAAAAUCCAUUACCUAUGCUGAUAACGAAUGAUAAUACGAUAACAAGCAAAGGUGUUGUAGCACUAACCUGUCGAAACAGUCAUAUGGACUACAACUGGUAUUUAUGGCGAAAACUUCAAAAUGGUACAUAUAUUGAAGACAAAUAUUUUCCUAAUCCAGCAAAUCAACCAAAAUCUGCUGCAAUCUUCUUUAGAAAAGAGUCGAUACCAGAGGGACACUAUUUGCUUCGAAUGGUUGUUAAUCUGACAGAUUCUGGUCAAUUUUUGGAGGACGAAAUGUAUGUGGAAUUUGAAUUACCGCCUAUUGUAACAGGUAUUCAAGGAGGCUCAGUAAGAUAUGUUAACAAAGAUAACGAUUUGGUUAUAGAUGCUGGUCCUGUAACAUAUGAUAAAGUACAAAAAUACAAAAGUGUACCUUUUAACUAUGAAUGGGUCUGUCGCAAAGGUCUUAACCAGUCACAAGUGGACGCAGUUCUUGGGAAAUUUGGGUUACCGGUAGCUCCAGAAAUUAUAACCCUUGGAACAAGUUGCAAUGAACCUUCAUGGGGAGCAAAAUGGACAAUACCAUCUGGAAACCUUAGUUUAGAUACGUGGUAUUUAUUACAUGUAAAAACCAAGAAAAUAACAAACAUAAUGGAUGAGGGAUUAUUAGGAAGCGCAGACAUUAUCAGAUCAGCAACUGCUCUUCAAGCUGUAAAAGUGCAAAUUGGGGACGCCCCAACGAUUAACAUACUAUGCAGAAAGAACUGUCUACCAAAAUUAUCCCUAAAUUCUUUACUGAUCCUUAAUGCAGAUUGCCCAGAAUGUAGCUUAUCAGACACCAAGUACGAGUGGUCAAUACUCGUGUUCAACCACACAACAGAAGUAUUCGAUAGUUUGAAUUCUGUACCAAGAAUCAACCAGUCACGACUUAUAGUGACCAGUCUAACUGCUGAUGAGAUAGGUGUCAGACCCGAUGCCUUCCGAGAAAUGGAUAGAAUAAGAUUUGCAUUGAUCAGAACACCCGGAAGAUAUCAUUCGGAGGCAGAUUAUAUCGUGUCUGUGAAUGCUCCACCAUAUGGUGGUUCAUGUUCUAUAACUCCUAAGACAGGUAUUGCAGUUAAGACUAAGUUUACUAUAGCUUGUACAAACUGGUUUGAUGAAGGAGACAGAUAUAUACAAAACAGAGCAGAAGAUGGAAAGGAAUUAUUAACAUAUUCUUUCUAUCAUAUGAGAAACACCACAUCUGGUACAGUAGAAUCUUUGUUGUCAAAGACGGAAGGCAGCAGUAUUAUUACAAAGUUAGCAGUAGGAGAUCCAGAAAAUAAUUUUUAUAGCAUCAUAAGGGUUAAUAUCAUAGAUUUCUACAACGGUUUCACAAGAGUGGAUUUACAAGUAACGGUUUAUAAUGUCAUUAACACUGAAAGAUCUACACAAUCAAAUACAGAACUGAUUAAGACUAUUAACGAACUAGUAAAUGACGGUAUGGUUAACGCACGAAUCAGUAAUGAUCCUAAGCAGGUCAUUUAUCAGGCUUCAAUUAUCGUGGCUUCUAUUGCAUUAAUACCAAUUCAACCAGAGACGUUUAAUACCACGGACAACCCGUUAGAAUGGGUUUCUGGAUUAUUGGAAGCCACAAAGAAUGGAACGAAACCAUAUGACGAUAUACUGCAUGAUCUGCUAAAAUAUUAUCAAGAUCCUAUUAAGGCGGUUAUUGUACAGGCUGUUGAGAAUUUGACAAAAGAAAUGGAAGCCAAGUUAAUGUCGGAUAACUCAACUUUUCAUAUCACAGAAAUGGCCACCAAUGCUUUCGGCACUGCCCUUAAAAACAAUAAACUAGUUAAUAACUUUGCCGGGAUUUCAGGAUCCAAUGCACUAAUAAAUCUUGCUUCACGUUUCAAAAACGCAAGUGAAAAUGCAUUAUUAAGUGAUGGUUUGUUCGAUAGCUCAGACCUUCAUUUAGACUCAACAUCAACUGCUAUUGUGACAUUAGUGUCUGCUGUUGUUGGAUCAACACUGACAUCAAAUUUUCCGGAAAAUAGUUUGCCAUUGUUAUCUGCAACAACUGCUGAUGCAAGAAAACAAGUAGACUUUUAUGCAAAGAUGUACAAAGACGAUGCUUAUAGUACAAUGGAAGAUGGUGAAUUAAGUCCAGAGGAGCGCACUGGACUAUACUUAUUGAGGGCGAGAAUUUCCCAGGCCGAGUUUGAGGAAAAACAAAUAUUGGCAUCAUUAGCAGAUGUAUCAAUAGACACAGCGUUGCACGUUAUCAAUGACCAGGGAUUGAAUAUGAUAUGUAAAGGCUGUCAAACAACCUUCAACACAAAACAUGUAAAUCUUCACAUAUUUAAAGCAAGACGUCAAGAGAGAUCCUUAAGUGAAGUACCAAAUGGUAUACUCCAGAAUUCGACAAUUCCUGUGAGGCUAGGCGAUAUGAAUGACAUAACUUCACUUGGAAUUGCAGAUUUCCCAAAGAAUGUGUAUAUAGCCGGUAGUUCAGACACAGCUUUAGUUACGUCAAAUGUCCAUAAAUUGUUUCUAAAAGAUAAAAAUUAUAAAACUUGUAUUCCGGCCAAUUUAAUGGUUGCAAUUAACCAAACUACUCGAGCUUUGCAAUUUUCUCAGAUCUUACCUGUAUACACAGAAGGGGAUGCUUCUAAUCUCUUUUACCACUCAUUUUUUUAUCGUGACAAUGGAGACUACGUGUGUGUGUCAGUUCUUCCAGUACAGGGCGUUCCAGAUUAUGUUACAUCAUAUGACGUCUAUGUAAAAUUCGAUACCCAGCCAACUCACUUAAGUUAUGACGCAAAAGGAAGAACAUCACCUGACAAUGACAGAAAGAUAUGCUUCCCUCCUCAAUUGUUUUCUUCAACGGGAGAGAUGCAUGUAGCCCUGCAUGCAAAUAGUAAAGUGGUUUUUGGGUCCCUUGGUUAUGUAUGGGAACCAAUAACCGGAAGAUAUGCUAAUGGAUCAUAUAACAUAUCAGCACCAGAACUAAUGCCGUAUAAUUUGCAUAUAGUGACAUCAAAUUGUAAAGAGUGGAAUCCCAAAAGACAAUCAUGGGUUUCAGUCAACUGUGAGAUGAAUUGGUUUCCAAGGCAAGAUAUCAUAGAAUGUAAAUGUCGUCCAGCUUUUGGUUUAACAUUUGGUAACACUUUUUAUGUGGCGCCAAAUACGAUCGACUUCUCUACAGUGUUCUUACGGUUUGAUAUAACCAAUCAAGGUCCUGUGAUCGGGACUCUUGUUACGAUAUUAGUGAUUUACGUUCUGCUUCUUAUCUGGGCGAGACAUCAAGACAAGAGAGAUAUUGUAAAGUGGGGAGUAACACCAUUAAUUGACAACUUCGUUGACGACACAUAUUAUUAUCUAGUAACAGUCUAUACAGGAAUGAGACGAGGGGCAGGUACUAAGUCCAGGAUAGGAUUUAUAGUUCAUGGAAAAGAUGGGGAUACAGGAAUACGGGAAUUAUCUGAUGGCGUCAGAUCGGAAAUACCAACUGCAAGUGUUGUACAUUUCCUGAUGUCAACACCAUAUCCGCUAGGAGACUUAAGCUAUGUUUACAUAUGGCAUGAUAACUCAGGUGAAAGCGAUUCUUCAUCAUGGUAUUUAACUCGUGUUGAUGUAGAAGACAUACAAAAGAGGGAAAGGUUUAUUUUCCUAUGUGGUAAAUGGCUAUGCUUAGAUACAGUUGAAAGCAGUGUAGAUGCUGUCCUUCCAGUUUGUGGAAAAGAAAAUGUUACGACGUUCUCAAAUAUGUUUACUCUUAAUAUAAAAGAAAACUUAGCUGAUAACCAUAUGUGGAUUUCAAUAUUCUUCCGGCCGACAAGCAGCCAUUAUACAAGAUGUCAGAGACUAACAUGCUUCCUUUUAUUUGUUUUUUUAACAAUGAUAGGAAAUGCAAUAUAUUUUCGUGACGAAGACGAGUACUCAAAUGCUGGAUCAGAUAUUCAUGCUGGUCCCUUUUCAUUAUCAUUGACAGCAACUUACAUUGCAUUAAUAUCUGCUCUAAUUUCAACACCUACCACCGUAUUAGUAAUUUUGAUGUUCAGUAAAAGUAAACACAGGAAAAAUAAUAAUGAUACUAAAGAUACUUCACGAAAAUAUAGAAUACCGGUAUUGGAUUUUUGGUUGGAUAGCUUAAUGGCAGAUAGUCGUAAGUUAGAGAAAGCUCUCGUUUCAAAGGGACUGUUCAACACUGAGAGUACUAUUUUUCCAUAUUGGUUUCAAUAUAUAGCAUGGAUUUUGGCACUAUCAGGAAUAGGAGCAUGUUCCGUCUUCUUGGCUCUUUAUAGCGUCGAAUGGGGGAACAAUAAGUCUGAGAAAUGGCUGGGACAGUUUUUCCUGUCUUUUUCUAGCUCGAUCUUUCUACUGGAUCCAUUAAAAAUCAUAGUUAUGUCUGCAGUAUUUGCAAUGUUAGUAAAGCAAAUCAACAAGUUCAGACCUACAGGACUAGAAAGAUCAUUCAUUCUCAAGAACUACAGGCACACUUUCGGAUGCGAAAUAAAUAAACGACUGCCUGCGUCACCACUCAACCAUUCGUCAAUCGAAAAAUCUCGCAACGAAAGGCAGAAGGACAUUCAAAUGAUGGAAAGUAUCCAACAAGUUCUCAUUACGUGUUUCUGUUUAUGGAUUAUAUCUAGUAUAAGCUACAGUUAUAAAGAUGACAGAUCGUAUAAUUUUCACCAAAACAUUGCCAACAAGCUUCUGACUCCUCAAAAUAAAACACUGCAGCAGUUUGGCAAGAUAACACACGUCAAGGAUUAUGUGAAAUGGCUGCGAUAUACAGCGUUUCCAGAGUUGUAUCCUGAAACUGAUUAUACAGGAAAACGUUUACAUUGGAGACUUAGACAAAAUUUCAAUGAUUUGACAAGUUUAAGAGUUGGACCACCUCGACUGAGACAACUUCGGGUCACAGAUUCUUCUGAAGUCUUUCCUUUUUUUGGUAAAAUUCAAACGAGACCAAAAUACUACUUACCGAUGGAGGAAAACAGAGAUUUUUGUUUUGGUUGGGUGAGUGGUAUAUGUGACAGAGAAAAAGUGGCACGUUCAUUUUCGUAUGCUGGGUGGAAAUUCACGAGUGCCGUUGAUAUAUGGGGUCUCCCCAUACCUGGACGCUAUAGCACAUACGGAGGUGGCGGAUAUAUUACCGAACUAGCUGUAAACUUUGAUUUUUCAAACAGAACUUUAAACGAAUUAACAGACUAUUUAUGGAUUGAUAGAAAAACACGAGCUAUUUUUCUAGAGUUCAACUUAUAUGCACCGGAUCUCAACCUAUUCGCGUACAGCAUCUUUUUAGCAGAAUUUCCUGAGACAGGAGGAAUAGUAACCUCGUAUUCUAUAUAUCCAUUCCGAAUUUAUUUUCAUCUUGGUACGAAUGGUAUCUACACAUUAAUUUGUGAAAUAUUAUUUUUAUUAUGUCUAGUCGCUUUUACAGGCAAGGUCAUGUCAGGUAUUAUGAAGAAGAGAAAAACGUUUUUCAAAAGUAUCUGGAACAUUCUAAACUGUUGUUGCAUAUCCCUGGGUUUUGUGUGCAUUUCAAUGUAUGCUGGGCGUCAUAUUCUUGCAUCUCAAACCAUGGAAAAAUUCAAGGAAGGUCCGAAGCAAUUUAUAAAUUUUCAGCAUAUUGCAAUAUGGGAUUUGUUGUUUAAUUUGCUGCAUGCUACUUUGUUAUCAUUGUCAACAUUAAGAUUGAUCGGUAUUCUAGGCUAUGACAAACGAGUCUGUAAAAUUUUCUUGGUUUUUAAUAAUUGUGCAAAGGAUUUAUUCUGGUUUGGUAUUUUUAUUCUGUACGUAUUUUUGUGUUAUGCCGGUCUAGGAUAUUUGCUGUUCGGAAAAUAUAUUGAAUCCUAUCGUGAUAUAUUUGAAUCUAUGGGAACAUUAUUCAUUAGUAUGAUGGGAAAGAGCAAAUUCACAGAAAUAAAUGAGAAGGAUCCAAUAAUAGCACAAUUUUAUUUCUUUACUUUCAUCCUGGUGAUAGUAUUUACAUUACUGACCAUGUUUAUGGCCAUUCUUGGUGAGAGUAUCAGUGCAGUACAUACCAUGAACAAACGGAACAAAGCGGAAGAAUUGAUUGAACGUUUGUGGAAUAAAUUUAAGAAUAUGUUCGUAAGAAAGUUAGAACCUACGCAAAAUUACAAGAAGCAACAUUUUCAGAAUACAUCUAUUGGUCUUCUGUACGACAUAAGAAAAGCCUUUAACGAUUCUGAUGAUGAUAAUAAGUUACCACGAGUUUCUACUGACUUCGUAAAGAGAGCAAAACGUAUUUUUGAUACCAAUAAGUAAACAAAAUAGCAGAUGCUCUGUCGUCAUUUCAAUGUGUGUGAAUGUUUUAUUUAGCAGAAGAAUGAUAUAUGCAUUAACAACUUGUGCUAAAAUGACAUUCGUAUGAAAUGUACAAUGAUUUCUCAAAGAACAAACUGUUUCGAUGUAUCAUCAAAAGAUUUCGCCAAUGUAGUUACUACAGCUAUAACAGAACACUUAUGAUAACUAUUUAAUUUCCCUAACAUUGUAAAUGUUGUAGAUACUUAUUGCAUAUCUGUAUUCAGUUCUUUGGCUUUUUUUACUUUAUCAUAAUUAAUAGUUUGUUUUGCAGUACAAUGUAUGUUUUUUUUUUAUUGAACACGGGCAUCUUUGAAGUGGUACUUUGACUUGCCAUACAAACUGGUGAGUCUCAUUGUAAAAUCUGUAUCUAUAUGUGUUUUAUAUGUACAUGUUGACAACACUAUAAUGACAAAAAAAGGCUGAAUUUCCAUAAGUCGGAAUAUAAAUCACUCAAAGAUACUUUC